AUGAUGUCCAAUCAAGCACCAUCCAAUCAUCUUCCGAUCAUAACAUGCCAUAAUCUUCUCAAAAGGCGUGACUUUAAAGAAGUUCGGUCUUUCGUUGAGAUGAAUAGAUUAGUAGGCAAUGAAUGGAAUGAACUUGACCAAGCCGAAGCCAUCUCCGACGUUAUCAUCGCGGCGGAGAACCGGCUUCCGAACGGGUUGACUGAUUAUUACGGUAUGAUUCGAGCGACCCGACUUGGACCGGUGGUAUUGGAUGAUUUCUUGAGGUUGAUGAGGCUUUUAGACGGUAGGUCUAAUCAUUUCCCUUGUAGUAACGAAGCUGCUUGCUAUGCCAUGGAAGCUUGGACAUUUCUUUCGAAGCCAGCCAUGAAGACCAAAUACGAUAUGGCUAUCUCUACUGCCGACAUGAUUUCCGGCCAGAAUCGUCAAACUCAUGUGGUCAACAACAGAUGGGGAGGAAUAGGCGUCCAAGGCGGUGGAACCAACAGGGGCAACAACAGUGGUAGCAUCGGAUUUGGUGGCAAUGAAAGAUUCAAUAGAAAUGGUGAAUUUUUCAGCGGUGGCAGAGGCAUAGCCGGUUUUGGCAGAGGCGGUAGCGGUAAAAAAAACAUUGGUGGUGGAGAACGCGGUGUAGACGACAGAUUUGGUGCUAUUGGUUUAAUGUUUGGUGGUGGUAGAGGUGUAGCCGGCGGUAGCAGUCGCCAAGGCAUUGGUGGUGGAGAAGACGGUGUAAAUGGCAAAAUCAGCAAUGGAAACGGCGGAUUUGGCUGCACUAGUGGAUUUUUUGGUGGUGUCGGUGAUAGAAGUGGCAAAGGCAUCAGUGGUGUAUACCACAAAACCAGCAGUGAUGACUAUGGCCUUGAUGCAAUAUUUGGUGGUGGUAUAAGUGUAGCUGGUGGUAGAGGUCGUAAAGACAUUAGUGGUGGAGAAGGCGGUGUAGAUGGUGGAAUCAGCAGUGGUAACAACAUUAGCAGCGGCCGAUUCGACAACAUUGAUGGAUCAUUUGGUGGUGGCAUAGACAUAGCCGGUGGUAGCGGUUCCAAAGGCAUUGGUGGUGGAGAAAGCGGCGUAUCUAGUGGAACACAUGGUGGUAAUGGCGAUUGUGACGUUAGGUUCGACAACAACAACGAAUUCGGUUGCGAAGGCGGUAGUGGCGGUGACAUAGGCUACUACUUUAACGAAAAAGGUACCGAAGACGGGGGUGGAUUUGGUGGAGUGGACAAAGAAAAGCAGAAGGUGGAAACAGUUUGGAGUAUUUGUUCGAACUGUUACAUUAUGCAUGGAAAUGAGAUAUGUAUGAGAUGUAACAAAGUUCCGAUAGAGUUUGAGUCAACGACGAAUAUGAUUCCAUCAGGGUUUCCGGUGGAAUCGGAGAAAGGAGAGGAUCAGUUUAGUCACCUCGCUGGAAUGCUUCAAUUAGGGCUUCCUGAAAACAGUUCCUUUAUCCCCAAGGAACAGAAUCUUGGUCAGUCGUGGCUUCCUGAAAACAGUUCCUUUAUCCCCAAGGAACAAAAUCUUGGUCGUGGAAUUGAAGAUGUAGUGGUGCAAGAUAAAGCAUCUGUGUUAGGAGAGACCGUUAGGUAUUUCAAUGAAUUGAAAAAGAUGGUCAAGGAGAUACCAACCACGCCAGCUUUAGAAGACAGCUUAUGA